UUUUCUGCAGAGUCAUUGUGGACCCAGGCGUCUCUCGCGAUCUUUGCUCUGACUAUAAGAAGGAGGAGACGGCGAGGCAGCGGGCAUUGGCUGCCGGAGCAUUGCAGAGGGAGUACUUGUCGUGUGUUCGCCUCCCUGCAAGACCUACACUGCAAGCAACUCUUCAAGAUGGCAGCUGGAAAUGCAAAAAUUGGCCACCCUGCACCUGACUUCACAGCCAAGGCAGUGAUGCCAAAUGGAGAAUUUGUGGACUUAACUCUGUCCAGCUACAAAGGAAAGUAUGUUGUGAUUUUCUUCUAUCCACUGGAUUUCACCUUCGUCUGCCCGACUGAGAUCAUCGCAUUUAGUGACCGAGCAGAUGAGUUUCGCAAGAUUAACUGCGAAGUUAUAGGUGCCUCAACAGACUCUCACUUCAGUCACUUAGCCUGGAUCAACACACCUCGGAAACAGGGUGGCAUUGGUCACAUGAAGAUUCCACUGGUGGCCGACCUGACACAUUCCAUCUCCAAAGACUAUGGCAUUCUAAAAGAAGAUGAAGGCAUUUCGUACAGGGGUCUCUUCAUUAUUGAUGAGAAAGGAAUCCUGCGGCAGAUCACCAUCAAUGACCUUCCAGUUGGUCGAUCUGUGGACGAGACCCUAAGGCUGGUGCAAGCCUUCCAAUUCACGGACAAACACGGAGAAGUUUGCCCGGCAGGCUGGAAACCCGGCAGUGACACCAUCAAGCCUGAUGUGCACGACAGCAAGACAUACUUUGAGAAACAGAACUAGUCUUCGUCACUUGGGACCAGAUCUGAGCACUGAAUGUUGUAUUUUUGUUAAUGUGAAAAAGGAAAAAAUAUCUCCCAGGAUCAAUUUGGUGUCUGUCCAGGAACACUUGUAAAUGUUUUGUACUGCACCAGAAUAAAACACAAUUGAAAGAGA